UUAAAAUGGGACACCCCAGUCAUGAAUGAGGACGAUGAGUUCAUAGAGGACGACGAAACAAAUUCUGCUAAACUCUUUGAGAGGUCAAGAAUUAGGGCUCUGGCUGAUGAAAGGGAGAGUGUACAGAAGAAAACAUUCCUUAAAUGGGUGAAUUCACACCUGGCACGUGUUGGCUGCAAGAUACAGGAUCUCUAUGUGGAUCUUAGGGACGGAAAAAUGCUCAUCAGACUGUUGGAAGUCUUGUCUGGAGAGAGAUUGCCCAAUCCUACAAAAGGCAAGAUGCGAAUCCACUGCUUGGAGAAUGUUGACAAGUCGCUGAUGUUCCUCAAUGAGCAGCGUGUUCAUCUUGAAAAUGUCGGGGCCCACGAUAUCGUGGAUGGCAGUCCGAGGCUGACCCUGGGUCUCAUCUGGACUAUUAUUCUUAGAUUCCAAAUUCAAGACAUUACAAUCGAACAAGUAGACAGUAGCGAAAUAAAAUCGGCAAAGGACGCAUUGUUACUCUGGUGUCAGAUGAAAACUGCUGGCUACCCCAACGUUAACGUCAGGAAUUUCACAACAAGCUGGAAGGAUGGUUUGGCUUUCAAUGCCCUCAUACACAAACACAGACCGGACCUGAUAGAAUACAACAAGCUGACCAAGGUGAACAACGUUGCCAAUCUAAACAACGCAUUCAAUGUAGCAGAGGAGAAACUUAACCUCACCAGGCUUCUAGAUGCUGAAGAUGUUAAUGUGGACUUUCCCGAUGAAAAAUCAAUCAUCACGUACGUGGUCACUUAUUAUCACUACUUCUCCAAGAUGAAGGCUGAUUCAGUGCAGGGCAGGAGGGUAGGAAAGGUGGUGAACCUAUGCCUGGAGAAUGACCAGAUGAUUGCAGAUUACGAGAACCUCACCUCUGACCUCCUGACCUGGAUCAAGCAGACCAUCGAGGAGUUGAAUGACCGCAACUUUGCCAACUCUCUCACUGGAGUUCAACAGCAACUCUCAACAUUCAACACUUACAGAAACGUCGGCAAGCCUCCAAAAUUCAUAGAGAAGGGCAACUUGGAGGUUCUGCUGUUCACCAUUCAGAGCAAGAUGAGAGCCAACAACCAGAAACCAUACAUGCCGACUGAGGGCAGAAUGAUAGCUGAUAUAAACAGGGCUUGGGAGUUGCUGGAGAAGGCUGAACAUGGGAGAGAACUGGCUCUUAGGGAGGAGUUGAUAAGACAAGAGAAAUUGGAACAGUUGGCAGCCAGGUUUGAUCGCAAAGCUGGCAUGAGAGAAACAUGGUUAAGUGAGAACCAACGUCUCGUCGCUCAGGAUAAUUUCGGCUUUGAUUUGGCAGCAGUGGAAGCGGCCACAAAGAAGCAUGAAGCCAUUGUCACAGACAUCAAUGCAUAUGAAGAACGUGUACAGGCUGUUGUAUCUGUGGCUCAGGAACUUGAAACUGAGAACUACCAUGACUCUGAGCGCAUUAAUGCUAGGAAAGACAACGUACUAAGAUUGUGGGAAUAUUUGCUGGAAUUGUUGAGAGCUCGUCGUCAACGUUUGGAACUUUCGUUGCAGUUGCAGAAGAUUUUCGAAGAGAUGAUCUGUGUGCUUGAAUGGAUGGAUGAGAUCAAGCUUCGCUUGAGCUCCGAAGAUUACGGCAAGCAUCUGAUGGGCGUCGAGGAUCUGCUGCAGAAGCAGAGUUUGCUGGAGGCAGACAUCAAUAUUGUUGGGGAUCGUGUCAAAAACAUCAACACACAGGCGCAGAGGUUUGUUGAUGAGGACUUUCCUGAAGCCGGUUACAGGCCAUGUGAUCCACAAGUAGUCGUCGACCGCCAGCGUCACCUCAUUGCUGCCUAUGAAGAACUGCUUCAAUUAGCAGCUGCCAGACGAGCAAGACUCGGAGAAUCAAGAACAUUGUGGCAGUUCUACUGGGACAUGGCAGACACGGAGGGAUGGAUUCGCGAGAAGGAGCAGCUGAUGUCGUCGCCAGACUGGGGGCACGAUCUCACCAGUAUUUUGCUGCUUGUUAAGAAGCAUAAGGCAACAGAGGAUGAACUGAACGCACGUAGGAACCACUUGCAAGAUGAACUUCAAGUUGGCAAGGACCUCAUCACGGCUGGAAACUUUGGAUCAGUGAAGAUCCAGGAGACCAUCGAUGAUAUUGAGAAACAGUGGUCCAAUAUGAAGGAACUCUCUGACUUCAGAAAGAAACGACUUGCUGAAACUGUUGACUUUUUUCAGUUUUUUGCUGAUGCUGAUGAUGUUGAUACUUGGAUGUUGGAUACAUUGAGACUAGUGUCAAGUGAAGAUGUUGGUCAUGACGAGGCCAGUGUGCAAUCACUUGUCAAGAAGCACAAGGACAUAACAGAUGAACUGCAGAACUAUCAGAAUGUAAUCAAAUCAUUGCACGAGCAAGCUGCAAACCUCAGUGAACAGGAUCGCGAAUCUCCAGAAGUGACGAGCAGACUUGCCAGUAUAGAUAGGAGAUAUCAGGAACUUUUGGAGUUAGCCAACAUACGCAAACAGAGGUUGCUGGAUGCCCUUGCUCUCUACAAACUCUACAAUGAAUCCAAUAACGUUGAACAAUGGAUCACCGAGAAGGAGAAACUCCUGCACACGAUGGUGGCUUCAGAGGACAUUGAAGAAGUUGAGAUACAGAAAGCGAGGUACAACACCUUCGACCAAGAGAUGAAGACAACAUUGGACAAAGUAGGCCUGGUCAACCAGCUGUCCAGUCAACUCAUCGACAACGAGCACCCUAACUCGGUCGAAGUGGCCAGUAAGGAGAAGAUGCUCAAUGAGAAGUGGAUGGCGCUGAAGAAGAUAGCUGAUGAUAAGAAGGAUGCUCUUCAGCUUGCUCAUGACGUCAACACAUUCCAUAUUGAAUCCGCUGAAACUAUGACGUGGAUCAGAGAUAAAGCCAAAUUGAUAGAGUCAACAGACGAACUGGGCAACGACCUCGGCAGUAUCAUCACAUUACAGAGGAGACUCAGUGGUCUCGAAAGAGAUCUUGCAGCUAUUGAUGCUAAGGUUGCUUCCCUACAAGAAGAAGCAGAUAAGUUGUCAGCGUUGAAACCAGAGGAGGCACCGGCUAUACAGGAGAAGAUGGAUCAGAUUACAAACUUGUGGCAAGAUCUCCGACUCAUGUUGAAAGAGAGAGAUGAAAAAUUGGGAGAAGCAAGUGACUUGCAGAAAUUCCUACAGAACCUCGACCACUUCCAGCAGUGGCUGACCAAAACGCAGAUGUCCAUCGCAUCUGAGAGCAUUCCAAAUGAUGUUGCAGAGGCCGAGGAUCUGCUGCAGCAACAUGCCCAGAUCAAAACUGAGAUAGACGCCUAUGCUCCCGAAUAUGACCAGAUGAAGGACUAUGGUAGUAAAGUGGUAGAAGGACAGCAAGAUGUACAAUACAUGUUCCUUAGAGAAAGAUUAAAGGGACUAGAUGAUGGAUGGCAUGACCUCAAGAAGAUGUGGGAGAACAAACAGAAUCUCCUCAUUCAAAAUCUCAAUCUGCAGAUGUUCUUAAGAGAUUGCAAGCAGGCUGAGAUAUUGUUAGGUGAACAGGAGAACUUCCUCAACAAAGAGACACUGCCCCUGACAUCGGAGUCGUGUGACAAUCAAAUCCGACAAGUGGAAGCAUUCAUAAAGACAUUAGAUGCUAAUGACGAGAAGAUAAACAUUGUCCAGAACUUUGCAAGCAGAUUGGUUGAUUCCAAUCAUUUUGCUGCUGAUAAAAUAAGGAAGAAGACAGAAAGUCUCAAGGGAAGACGUGAUGCCAAUAGACAGAAGGCAGAUGAAAAGUUAGAUAAGUUGAAGGACUUUAGAGAUCUCCAGAAGUUCAUGCAGGAUUGUGAUGAGUUGACAGAUUGGCUAGGUGAGAAAUCAAUAGCCGCCCAAGACGACACAUACAGAGAUGCAAAGAGCAUACACAGCAAGUACAUGAGGCACCAGGCCUUUGAGCUUGAGAUCAAAUCAAACAAGGAUCAACUUGAAAAAUUAUUGAAGGAUGGUCAAAAACUUAUUGCUGAAAAGCCUGAACUGGCUAAGGAGGUGCAGCCCAAGUUGGAAGAACUUUCAUUGCAGUUCAAUGAACUGCAAGACACAGUUUCAACGAAAGGCCAGAAACUGUUUGACGCCAACAGACCACAGUUAUACGAGCAGAGUUGUGAUGAUAUCGACGGAUGGAUCACCGAGAUUGAAUCUCAGAUCGUCACAGAGGAUGUCGGGCACGAUCUUACUACUGUUAAUCUUCUCGUUCAGAAACAGAAUAUCCUUGAAAGCCAGUUGAAAUUGAAGGAAGAACAAGUGAAGGCAUUAGAAACACAGGCACCGUACCUGUCAGAUAUUGAUCCAAGCAAGUCUGAAGAACUUGCCCAGAAGAAGGCCAGAGUUGAAGAUAGAUUCCGUAAGAUGCUGCAGCCGCUGAUGGAGAGGAGAGAGAAGUUGAACCGUGUGAAGAGGGUGCAUCAGUUCCUGAGAGAUGUCGAGGAUGAGAAACUCUGGAUCAGCGAACGACUCGCAAGAGCCAGGUCUACUAACUAUGGCAACUCACUACUUAGUGUCCAGAUGCUACAGUCUAAGAACAAAUCACUUCGCAAUGAGAUUGACAGUCACGAGCCGUCAAUCAUAGCCGUAGUAGAUAGUGGGUUGUGCCUGAUCGAGGAGGGGCAUCCACAGAAGGAGGAGUUCCAACAGCUGAUCGCCGACCUGAACAAGAGGUGGGAGGAGCUAAUUGAGGCCAUUGAGCAGCGCAAGUAUAGGCUGGCUCUCUCUGAACAGGCUCAGCAAUACUUCUUCGAUGCUGCUGAAUGUGAGGCUUGGAUGGGCGAGCAGGAGCUCUUCAUGAUCUCAGAGGACAGGGCAAAGGAUGAGAAUGGAGCCAUGAACAUGAUCAAGAAACAUGCCAACGUCGAGAAGACUGUAGAGGAUUACGCCGACACGAUCAGACAGCUGUCAGAGAGGAGUCGAUACCUCAUCGAUAACAAGCAUCCCGAUAGCGAUGCCAUUGCCGUGAAGCAGGCACAAGUGGACAAGUUGUACGCCAGUUUGAAGGACCUGGCCGGCGAUCGCAAGGUGAAGUUGGAUGAAGUUUUGAAGUUGUACCUGCUGAAUAGAGACAUCGAGGAUAUAGAGCAGUGGAUUGCCGAACGAGAAGUCGUUGCUGGCUCUCAUGAAUUGGGUCAAGAUUUCGAACAUGUCACUAUGUUAAGAGACAAAUUCAAAGAAUUCGCGAGAGACACGGAGACAGUCGGGCAGGAGAGGGUGUUGGUAGUGAACGGGACGUGUGAUGCACUGAUCCAUGCCGGUCACACGGACGCUGCUACUAUAGCCGAGUGGAAAGAUGGCAUCAAUGAGUCGUGGACCGAUCUCCUCGAGUUGAUGGACACCAGGACGCAGAUGCUGCAGGCCUCGUGGGAGCUCUUCAAGUUCUUCAACGAUUGUAAGGAGACCCUUGACCGCAUACAUGAGAAGGAGCUGUUGAUAUUGGAUGAUGUUGGCAGAGAUCCACAAUCAACGGCAGCCCUCCAGAGAAGACAUGCAACUUUCGAACACGAGCUCGUGGCUCUCUGCUAUCAGGUGCAACAAGUGCAAGAGGAAGCAGCCCAGCUGAUUGUGGCAUAUUCAGGCGAGAAGGCGCGAGACAUCCAGCAGCACGAGAUGGACGUCGUAAAUGCAUGGAGGAACCUUCAGUUGAAGGCUGACCUCAGAAAAUCGGCACUCGGUGACUCCAAUGACCUUUAUAGAUUCUUCGGUAUGGCAAGAGACCUAACGAACUGGAUGAACGACAUGAUGAGGCAGGCGCAAUCGCAGGACAAACCGAGAGAUGUAUCAGGUGUCGAACUACUGAUGAGUAACCACCAGAGUUUGAAAGCAGAGAUAGAUGCCCGUGAUGAAAACUUUGCCAUCUGCGUCAACCUAGGCAAGGAUCUGCUUGCUAGGAAGCACCACAGAUCUCCAGAGGUUCGUGAGAAGUUGUUGCAGCUGGCCACGCAGAGAGGUGACAUGAUGGAUCAGUGGAAGGACAAAUGGGAGUACCUACAACUCAUUUUGGAAGUGUACCAGUUUGCAAGAGAUGCCACAGUUGCCGAUUCAUGGCUGGCAGCCCACGAACCGUACGUGACUAGUCAAGAGUUCGGGGAGACACUCGAUGCAGUUGAGGCUCUGCUGAAGAAACACGAGUCCUUCGAAAAGGCUGCUGCUACACAAGAAGAAAGAUUCCAAGCUCUCGAAAGAUUAACCAUGUUUGAGAUGAGGGAGGUACAGAAGAGGAAGAGGGAUGAAUACAUGCGUGAACAUCCGGAUGCCACCCUUCCACCACUUCCUGCAUCAUUCAAGGAGGUCUACAUCAGGGAGUUCCUACCCCCUGAAGAACCUUCGAAACCGCCAACUCCUGAGCCAGUAUCGCCGGUGAAAGAACCACAGUCACCUGUUGAAGUACAACAACCCGAAGUUCCACAAGCUGAAGCCCAGAAGGUCGUUAUUGAGCAAGUCACACACGAGAAUCUUCUUUCAAGAAAGCACCUCUGGGAGAAUGCUACUAAGAAAGCUACGAAUAGAUCGUGGGAGAAGAUGUUCGUAGCACUAGCCAACAAGUCAUUGUCGUUCUACAAAGACCAGAAGCAUGCUAAAUCUGAUCCAAAGACUUACUUCCAUCACGAGUUACCAUUGGAGUUGGAAGGUUCAGUAGCUAGUCCGGCCACAGAUUACAACAAACGACCGAACGUCUUCAACCUCAAGUUCACAUCCGGUGCUGAGUAUCUAUUCCAGUGCCGAGAUGAAGAGGAGAUGAAUGUCUGGAUAGAGAAGAUCAACAUAGCAUCCGGGGCGCACUCAUCUUCAUCGCAUCCAUCCAGGUCACAAACACUUCCUGCAACAUCAGCAGCCGAUCCCAAGUCCUCCUCUGCUGCCGAUGAACCAAAGAAGAGGAAGAUGUUCACACUCAGCAAGAAAAAAUAAUGAGGAUGAUGAUGGAGGUGUAGCGCUUUUUAUUUCAGAGAACCUAUGUGAUUGCAAACUGAAAGAGAACUCACUACUAAUACUACUACAGCCACUAUUACAACUACUGCUACCACUACUUCUACUACUACUACUACUACUACAAAUACUACAGUCCAUACUACUAUUACGACUACUACUACUUUCAAUGAUUGACAUUUAAAUUAAGAUAUACGAACUGUUAACAAGUUGAUUUUUGUAUGUAUAAAAAGCUAAACUUUACUUUCAUUACUUUAUUUGUUUAUAUAUAUAUAUAUAUAUAUAUAUAUUAUUUUUCUUCUACUACUGCUUUUCUUACUAUUCUUAAAAUGAACGAUAGUAAUAAUACAAUAAUAAUAAUAAUAAUAAUAUUUAUUAUUGUUAUUGUUGUUGCAAUUGUUAUUAUUUUUGCUAUUACGAUGAUAAUAUUUACAACGAAAACGAAGCAUUGUAAGUGGAGCGUGUAAUUUGACGUAAUGAUGACGUUAAAGAUGGAUGAUGA